AUGGGUUGUUGCCAAAAUUCACUAAGGUGUUCAGACGAACUACAUUUGGAUCAUGUAGGCUUCUAAUUUUCACCCAAAUCCUUGAGCAUGGCUCCUCUCUCCAGCAAUCUAAUUAAGGGAGAUACUGAUGAAAUCAUGGAACAAAUGGAAUGCCUUCAGAGUACUUGCGAGGAAAAGGGCUUACUAGAGAAGCUGAGGUCAAACAAUAUCACCAAGACCAGUAGUCUCAACUUGAAGGAGGAGGUGAUCAUCGAUUUGCGAUAAGCUCCCAGUCCUUCCAAAAAACAGAUGACCAAUAAGAACUUAAACAACAAAUUUAUUGGAAUGCUGUGAGGAAAAACUCUCCCAACUUUGUA